CACUUCCGAUCUCAACCCACCACCUCUCCACCGUCGGACGCACCACCUUCUCAAAUCAUCCAAAAUAACCUCUCCACCUUUACGACUCGAAUCCAAUACCAUCUCCUCCCAUACGUUCGAUUCACCGAUGUCCAGUAGCGGUUCAGGGACCACCUCUCCGUCUCCAUCCCAUGAAGCCUCCCCUUCAAGAACGGUCCAACUCGUCUCGCGGAGGGUCUCCGACGGUCUCCUCGUCAAGUUCGCCGACACGUCGGAAUUCGACUUCGAAUACGAGAAGAGCGGCCUGUGGUCGCCGCCGGUGCCGCGUGGUGCCUUCCCCGGCUCGCCGAUGCGCACCGAAGAUGAAUUGAUUGCGAAGCUCAGGGCCGCCUCCGGAAGGCGUCGGCGAAGAGACAAUUCUUGUUUCCAUGUCUUUUGGUGCCCAUGACACGGACCAAUGUUGAUGCGGUGGGAAGUGGAUUUGGAUUUGGAGAUGAGGAGCCUCGAUGUUGCUACUUAAUCUGCGGUUUAUACAUUUUCAAUUGUUCUUUUAAAUUUUUAGUGACUGAUGUGUGAAGUAGUUGCAAUUUAUAAGUUGGUAAGGGUAAUUUCCACUCAAUUUUUUGUUUCAAUUCAUGUUCUGAUAUCGUGUCCUGCACCAAAAAUACAUUUAGCCGUCAAAA